AUGGCCGCCAUCGUUGGGCUCUUCCUCGCGGGCCUGCUGUCGUCUCUCUCUGUCCCUUCUGUUAGAGGAUAUGGAGACGGAGAAUGGUCUAGCGCCCAUGCUACCUUCUACGGUGGCGGAGACGCCGCCGGCACGAUGGGUACAUCCCGCUACGAUCCCACUCUCUCUAUCUCUCUCUCUCUCUCUCUCUCUUUCUAACAAUUCUGAGCCAUCUUCUUCUCUGCUGCCGCAGGGGGGGCGUGCGGGUACGAGAACCUUUACAAUCAGGGCUAUGGCCCCUACACGACGGCGCUCAGCACCGCGAUGUUCAGCGGCGGGCUGAGCUGUGGAGCCUGCUUCGAGGUCAAGUGCACGGGCGCGCCAGAGUGGUGCCUGCCGGGCUCCACCGUGGUGACGGCCACCAAUGUCUGCCCGCCUAACGCGGCUCUCCCCGGCAACGCCGGUGGCUGGUGCAAUCCCCCUCUCCGCCACUUCGACCUCUCCCUCCCCGCCUUCCGGCUCAUUGCCGUGCCCAGGGCUGGGAUCGUCCCCGUCGCUUACAGAAGGUGAGGCCGUCGCUGGAGCAAGCACCCGAUGGAAGGACUUUUUAUAAUCUCACCACGCCGGGGGGCUCCCACAUUGCAGGGCACCCUGCAGGAGGAGGGGCGGCAUUAGGUUCACCAUCAACGGCCACUCCUACUUCAACCUGGUCCUCGUCGCCAACGUCGGUGGCGCCGGCGACGUCCGCGCGGUGUCGGUGAAGGGUGAGAGGACGGGAUGGCAGGCCAUGGCUCGCAAUUGGGGCCAGAACUGGCAGAGCAAUGGCUUCCUCGACCGCCAGGCCCUUACCUUCAAGGUCACCACCAGCGACGGCCGCGCCGUUGUCUCCUACGCUGCCGCCCCUGCGGGCUGGUCCUUCGGCCAGACCUUCGUCGGCGCGCAGUUCUCCCUGUGA